AUGGAUUUGUCAAGAAACAACUUAUCCGGAGAAAUUCCAAAUUCUUUGGAGGCAUUACUGAGCCUAAAACAUUUCAAUGUGUCUUACAACCAACUGGAAGGAGAAAUCCCUACUGGAGGACCUUUUGUGAAUUUCUCAGCUGAGUCAUUUUUGUCGAACAAUGGACUUUGUGGUGCAUCUCGACUGCAAGUAUUGCCAUGCAAAAGGAAAGAAACUUAUAAAUCAAGAAAUGCAACGGAAACUAUAGAUGUGCUGAGGAUUACUUUGCCGAUGGUUUCAUUAAUAAUACUUAUAUUGGCAUUUGCAUGUUUGGUCGUGAGAUGCAAAAAAGAGAAGGCUUUGAAAAUUUCGAGUGAGGCCAACUUGAAACUUCCACCCACAUGGAGAGAGAUUUCACAUGAAGAGCUGCUGGAGGUAACGAAUGGCUUUAACAAAGCAAAUUUACUUGGUACAGGGAGUUUUGGCUCCGUAUAUGAAGGAAAACUCAAUGAUGGAUUGCAUGUUGCAAUAAAAGUUUUCAAUCUGAAUGUCGAAAAGGCAUGUAAGAGUUUUGAUGCUGAAUGUGAAGCAUAUUAG